CUCGCCAUGUCUGACAUCAAGGACACGACGAUGCACGGCUCGCACACGCCCGAGCCCAAGGGCUCGCCCGUCCACGAGCAGCCCACGCUUGCCGCCGCCACGACGCUCGACCGCGUCGAGGCGCCCGUCACGAUCAAGGCGUACCUGAUGUGUGCCUUCGCCUCCUUCGGCGGCAUCUUCUUCGGCUACGACUCCGGAUACAUCAACGGUGUGCUCUCGGCGCGCCCCUUCAUCGACGCCAUCGCCGGCCCCGGCCAGGAGGCCAUCAGCUCGAGCCACACGUCGCUCAUCGUCUCGAUUCUCUCGGCCGGCACGUUCUUCGGCGCCAUCAUUGCCGGUGACCUCGCCGACAUGCUCGGCCGCCGCCCGACCAUCAUUGCCGGCUGCUUCGUCUACAUCAUUGGUGUGAUCAUUCAGAUGUUCGCCGCCUCCGGCCUCGCCACGAUCGUCGUCGGCCGCCUCGUUGCCGGCUUCGGUGUCGGCUUUGUCUCUGCCAUCAUCAUCCUGUACAUGUCCGAGGUCGCGCCCAAGAAGGUCCGCGGUGCCAUCGUCUCGGGCUACCAGUUCUGCAUCACCAUCGGCAUCAUGCUCGCCUCGAUCAUCAACAACUUCACGAGCAACCGCGCCGACAGCGGCUCGUACCGCAUCCCGAUUGGCAUCCAGUUCGCCUGGGGCCUCAUCCUCGCGCUUGGCCUCUUCCUGCUGCCCGAGUCGCCACGCUACUUUGUCAAGCGCGGCCGCAUCGAGCAGGCGCGCAGCAUGCUCAGCAAGCUGCGCGGCCAGCCGCUCGACUCGGAGCUCGUCGAGCAGGAGCUCGCCGAGAUUGUCGCCAACGCCGACUACGAGCGCCGCGCCAUGCCCACCAACUCGUGGUUCGGCUCGUGGGCCGCGUGCUUCAGCGGCUCCAUCUGGAGCGCGCAGAGCAACCUGCGCCGCACCAUCCUCGGCACGUCGCUGCAGAUGAUGCAGCAGUGGACCGGUGUCAACUUCAUCUUCUACUACUCGACGCCCUUCCUCAAGUCGACCGGCGCCAUCAGCGACCCGUUCAUCAUCAGCAUGAUCUUCACCAUCGUCAACGUGUGCUCGACGCCCAUCUCGUUCUACACCGUCGAGAAGUACGGCCGCCGCCCGCUCCUCGUCUGGGGCGCCUUUGGCAUGCUCGUGUGCCAGUUCCUCGUCGCCAUCAUUGGUGUGACCGUGGGCUUCAACAAGACGACCACCAACGCUGCCGGCGAGGCCGUUGCGACGAACAUUGCCGCUGUCAACGCUCAGGUCGCCUUCAUUGCGAUCUUCAUCUUCUUCUUCGCCACCACCUGGGGUCCCGGCGCCUGGGUCCUGAUCGGCGAGAUCUUCCCGCUCCCGGUCCGCUCGCGCGGUGUGGGUCUCUCGACGGCCUCCAACUGGCUCUGGAACACGAUCAUUGCCGUCAUCACGCCCUACAUGGUCGGCCCCGACGAGGGCAACCUGCGCUCGUCGGUGUUCUUCGUCUGGGGCGCGCUCUGCACGGCCGCCUUUGUCUACGCGUACUUCCUUGUGCCCGAGACGAAGGGGUUGACUCUGGAGCAGGUCGACCGCAUGUUCGAGGAGACGACGCCUCGCAAGAGUGCCGCGUGGAAGCCCAGCCAGACCUUUGCUGUUCUGGCCGGCGGCGCGUCGCACACGGGCCAGCUCGACUCCAAGGUGCUGCAGGAGGUCAAGGAGAACGGCACGGCGCUGUAAAAAGCUCCUUCUCGCCAUCACUCCUACCCACUUUCGUGCAAAACCGCCUCGAGCGCCCCAUCGCGUCCCCCACCCCUCCGCUUCCCACCUUGAUAUCCCCGCCGUGUCCCGCUGCUCCCCUGUACUACCUUGUCAUUGGCGGGCGUGCUCGCGUGUUUCCCUCCACAUCAUUAGCCUGCUUCUGAUGCUCACGCAAUCCACCGAUCACGCCGACGUCCAGUGUGCGAGGGAGAGGGAGAGGAGGGGGAGGAGGAUGCGAGAAGGAGCGGCGCCGCCCCCUGACACGUGCCGCGCCGCGCGCGCGCGCCGCGGAGUCCGCGGGCCGCCGGCUCGGGCGCGAGCAAAGCCGAGCUACAACGAGCUGUAAUUCGAUUACAACGAGAG